AUGUCUACUACAGAAAAUCAAAGAGGCCUGCGGAUAGUCCAAGAAAGUGGGAAUGGCGCUGCAAACGUUCAUGGUGCAAAUAUGGACUCAGAGCUGGCCUCAAUUGUAUCAUCACUCUCGGCGCUUUCCAACGUCUCCGCCCACCAGCAACACGGCCAAAUCGGCAGUUUUCGCCGCAGCUCAUUUCAUAGCAACCAGAGCAGCGACGCGGAGUCCGAGUCUCUGUUUCAAAGUCAACAUUCGCCCAACAUCAAACGCACUACGCUUUCAGUUGGCGGUGUAUCUCUUGGAGGGGCGCCAUCGGGCGUUAAAAACCGGCUUUCGAAGCUCGGUAACUACUCUGCAAGUCUGGCAGGGGGAAGCUCGAUGCACCAGCAGCAACAAAUGCAGAGUGGGUUUUUUGAGCGAUUUGGUCGUAGCUUAGCCGAAGGAACUCGUGAAGUUGAGCUCAAUUUGGGAACUUCUUCAGGCAGAGCUUCACGCAGAGAGAGCAUGAAUGCCAUAGAUACUCUCUCACGGGUCACAACAAAAUCUGCGUUCCAAGGAGUCCCUGCAGAGGGAAGAAGACCAUCGGCGUCAUCUGAUGCACUGGAGUCUCUAAGUGAGAACCUUAGUUUGCAACAUGAGGAAGCUAAGUUUGACCAUCGAAACAUCUGGAAGGUUGCCGAGGCACCUGUGUUUAGACCCGAAGCACCUUCCUCUGGCCCCAGUGAUCCUCAGUUCCAACCCCCUCCCAUGGAUAUCUUUGGCAGUCCCUACGGAUUUCCUGCUUAUCCAAAUUACUGGAAGAUGGCAGGGCCAAUGAUGACCCAGGCAAUUCCAUCCUCGAACGAUGGGGAUGCCGGCACAACAAACCGACCCAUCGAUACUACAAAAGAACAGAAUUUUGAACCUCAAAGUCAACAGUUUCCACCAUUUGUCUUUCCAGGAAAUCCAUAUAUGUUUUUCCCACCAGGAGUGAGGCCACCAUCUCCGCCACAGUCAUUUCAAGCAUCAGUCAACCCUCUUAAAGAUUCUCCACAGAAUGACCAUUCGAAGCCUCAUAGCAACCCUUACUUGUACAAUAACCGAAACCAUAAAUCCAAUAAUGGAAGCCCAGGCGCCUCAAGUUUUUCGCCUACGCCGAACCCAUCGUCGUCCGCUUCAAACGGGGGUUCUAGGCCAAAAGGUAAGAAUAAUGUUGCCAGGUCGCCACUUCUGGAAGAAUUUAGAAACAACACAUCUGGGAAAACGUACAAGCUUCCUGAUAUUUACGGCUUUGUCUUGGAAUUCUGCAAGGAUCAACAUGGUUCACGAUUUAUCCAACAGGAACUGGUGAAGGCCACGAACACAGAAAAAGACACCAUAUUUAGUGAAAUCAGGGAUGAUGCAAUUACGCUGGCAGACGACGUGUUUGGUAAUUACGUCAUUCAAAAGUACUUUGAAUACGGUUUGAAAUCUCAUAAGGAUGUCCUCUUCGAAAAAUUCACUGGGAAGAUGGAAAAACUGUCACUGCAAAUGUACGCAUGUCGCGUUAUUCAGAGAGCUCUCGAAUGCAUUGAAGAUGAACAAAAGGUUAUGCUCGUAAAUGAGCUUUCUGGUUGCGUGUUGCAAAUGAUCGAGGACCAGAACGGUAAUCAUGUGAUACAAAAGGCUGUUGAACGAAUUCCUAUGACGAAGCUUCCAUUUAUUUUGGAAAGCUUGCAGGGGCAAAUCUAUCAUCUUUCCACCCAUUCUUAUGGGUGCCGGGUCGUUCAAAGGCUGCUGGAGUAUGGCUCGCCUGAGGACCAAGACACCAUUCUGGAUGAUCUCGACCCAUUUCUCUCGUUCUUGAUUCAAGAUCAAUAUGGUAAUUAUGUCAUACAGCACAUCUUGCAACAUGGUCCUGGAAACACAGAUGUGCAUAUCGGAAUGACCAAGCAGGCCAUUGUGGACGCUGUUUCUAAGAAUGUCGUCGAAUACUCGAAACACAAGUUCGCGUCCAACGUUGUGGAGAAGACGAUGCUAUUUGGCUCUCCCUCACAAAAAAAACAAUUUCUGGAGAGGGUCUUGCCGAAAAAUGCAGAACACGCUACACAUUUAGAGGAUAACGCGCCUCUGAUCCUCAUGAUGCGCGACCAAUAUGCUAAUUACGUCGUUCAAAAACUGGUAGGUGUGACACAAGGCUCGGAUAAAAAGCUCACGGUUAUCGCAAUCCGCUCCUACUUAGAUAAACUCAACAAGGCGAACGCUCUUGGCAAUCGGCAUCUUGCAUCUGUCGAAAAACUCGCAGCAAUUGUGCAGAAUGUUCAAGUAUGA